CGUCAGUCCUACCUCAACGUCCUGGCUUUGCGGAUCUGAAGAUCACAGGUGUGUGCCCCAUGUUUCUUCUGGUCGUGGGGCGAUAUCCUGACUGGACACCUUGACCCUUUGAAGAUGAGAUUCAUCUUCAUAUCCGGAUUUUUCGACACUUUGGAUUGGAGGCCCCUGUACUUCCAAGAGUCCUCCGUUGCGCACAUUGUAUGCUCCCUGUGCGGUGUGGUGUCGAGAAAUGUUGUCAGAUUGCCCUGUGAGCACACACUCUGCUCGGAAUGUCACGAGGAUUCCAAGAGGCGAGGGAGUACUUGUCCACUGGAUAAAGAAUCCUUCGCCGACGAUAACAUUCUUCACCUUGAUAUCUCGGGAGGUUACAUCCUGAACCAUACGGUAGCCUGCUUCAAUGCACCCAAUGGUUGCGACUUCAUAGGUCAAGCUUCCAGACUCGUGGAUCACUACAAGCAGUGCUCCUUUCACGUCGUGCCUUGCCCCAGGUGCCAAUCACCAGUGCUAAGGACUGAGCUCGUGGGUCACUAUAAAGACGGCUGCAGUUCUGCGUCCACUACACCCGUGCCCAUUCCGUAUUAUAUAAAUGUGAACUAUGAUCAUUUAGAAAUUACAAGCAGUGAACGGAAAAGAGAGAUGCUCAAGAUAUCCGAGGAUCUUUCUCGUCUUCAGACUAGCCUCAACCAGUGGCUUGAGGAAGUCCGAACGUUGGAGAAAAACACAAACAAGGAACUGAAGGACGCAACGCUGAAGAUCUCUGACCAUCUCUCCGGUCUGCACACCAGUGUGGAACAGUCCCGGGAAGAUGCGAGGGAAGCAGCCAGAAACACCAAAGAGCAGUUGGAAUCUCAAUCGUCGAGACUUUCAAAGAAGUUGGUCAGAAUCGGAACUCAAGGUUUUGCUGCAGCCAAGAAAGAACUGAAACUUGCCAUUGAAGACACAGUGAAGACGCACCUGGCUCAGGAGUUACGUGUACAAUACGUAGAACUUAUGAAUGUUACGAAGAGUAUAUCCAAUUGUGUGCUUGGAUUUUGCGGAGCCAAGGAUUUUCACUGGUACUUGAAAGGCUGGGAAGACUUAAAAAAGAAUGCUUCAGACGUACAGCUUACGAACAUUGACAGCCCCAUACAUUAUGUAUGUGGCUAUAAUGUGUGCAUCCGUAUUCGGUUGGAAGGAUUACUGGGGCAGACGCUUUUAAAGUUGUUUAUAUGUAUCCAUCCAGGUGUCAACGAUUCAAAGCUGGAAUGGCCCUUCAGCAAGACUUACACGCUCGGUGUCAUUCAUCCCAAAGACAAAGCAAAAAGAAAAAUUCUUCAAGUCGAUGCAAGUAAACAUUCGGACAAGGCGAGCUUCCAGAUGCCAAAACAAGGCGGUAAUGUUGGCUUACGAACAGUGACUUGGAGUACCGCUGACGAGCUCGAAUGCGAAGGGUUUGUUAUUGGGGAUUCGCUGCACUGCUUUCUCCAAUUUGAGCCGUAAUGUUCUUUUCCGGUAGGUUAAUGAUUUAUUAUCGAGGGGAGCAAAAAAUGUUCUGCUGCCUGGAAAAAAAUCGCUUACCUGAUCCAAAUAAACAUAAAA